UCCCCUGUUCGAGGUAAUGUUUGCUCCCUCUGCAUACAGUGGCAGUGGCCCGGGGAAAUCAUUAACCUCAGUGGACUGUCUUGCUGGUGGAUGCCUCUGCUCCCCUUUAAGUCAACGUCUGGGGCUGGGGCACAGUUUUCCAGGUGCUGUGGGCCAGUCCCAACAUGGACCAUAAGGAAGUAAUCCUUCUAUUUCUCUUGUUUCUGAAAUCAGGACAAGGGGACUCCCUGGACAGUUACGUAAGCACGCAAGGGGCUUCACUGUUUAGUCUCACCAAGAAGCAGCUAGGGGCAGGAAGCAUAGCAGACUGUGCAGCCAAAUGUGAAGAAGAAACAGACUUCGUCUGCAGGUCAUUCCAGUACCACAGCAAAGAGCAGCAGUGCGUGGUCAUGGCCGAGAACAGCAAGACUUCCUCCAUCAUCCGCAUGAGGGACGUCAUCUUAUUUGAAAAGAGAGUGUAUCUGUCAGAGUGUAAGACUGGCAAUGGGAGAAGGUACAGAGGGACAAUGUCCAAGACAAAAAGCGGUGUUACCUGUCAAAAGUGGAGUGCCACGUCCCCCCACAGACCCAACUAUUCCCCUAACACCCACCCCUCUGAGGGACUGGAGGAGAAUUACUGCAGGAACCCAGACAAUGAUGAUAAAGGGCCCUGGUGCUACACGAUGGACCCAGACAAGAGAUAUGACUACUGCGACAUCCCUGAAUGCGAAGAGGAAUGUAUGCACUGCAAUGGAGAACAUUAUGAAGGGAAAAUCUCCAAGACUGUGUCCGGACUUGACUGCCAGGCCUGGGACUCGCAGAGCCCACACGCUCACGGCUACCUCCCUUCCAAAUUUCCAAGCAAAAACCUGAAGGUGAAUUACUGCCGCAACCCUGAUGGGGAGCUUCGCCCCUGGUGCUUCACCACGGACCCCAACAAACGCUGGGAAUACUGUGACAUCCCCCGCUGCACAACACCCCCACCCCAACCUGGUCCAACCUACCAAUGUCUGAAGGGAAGAGGUGAAAACUACCGAGGGACUAUGUCUGUCACUGUGUCUGGGAAAACCUGUCAGCGCUGGAGUGAGCAAACCCCUCAAAAGCACAACAGGACGCCAGAAAACUUCCCCUGCAAAAACUUGGAAGAAAACUACUGUCGGAACCCUGAUGGAGAAACCGCUCCCUGGUGCUACACCACAGACAGCCAGCUGAGGUGGGAGUAUUGUGAGAUUCCGUCCUGUGAUGCCUCUGCGUCGUCGUCAGACCUUUCAGAUUCCUCAGUUCUACCAGAGCAGACGCCUGUGGUCCAGGAAUGCUACCAGGGCAAUGGGCAGAGCUAUCGGGGUACCUCGUCCACCACCAUCACAGGGAAGAAGUGCCAGUCCUGGACAUCCAUGACUCCACACCGGCAUGUGAAGACCCCAGAGAACUUCCCCGAUGCAGGCUUGGAGAUGAAUUACUGUAGAAACCCGGAUGCUGACAAGGGCCCUUGGUGCUACACCACUGACCCGAGCGUCAGGUGGGAAUACUGCAACCUGAAGAGGUGCUCGGAGACAGGAGGGAGUGCUGCAGAAGUGUCCCUGGCCCCCCAAGUUCCCAAUGUGCCGGCUGCCACCUCUGAGCCAGACUGCAUGUUUGGGAUUGGUAAAGACUAUCGGGGCAAAAUUGCCAUCACUGCAGCUGGCACUCCCUGCCAGGGAUGGGCUGCCCAGGAGCCCCACAGGCACAGCAUCUUUACCCCACAGACAAACCCACGGGCAGGUCUGGAAAAUAACUACUGCCGAAACCCAGAUGGGGAUGUGAAUGGUCCUUGGUGCUAUACGACGAACCCCAGAAAACUGUAUGACUAUUGUGAUAUUCCCCUGUGUGCAUCAUCAGCAUCCUUUGAAUGUGGGAAGCCUCGGGUGGAGCCGAAGAAAUGCCCUGGGAGGGUGGUGGGUGGCUGUGUGGCCAAUCCACACUCCUGGCCCUGGCAAAUCAGUCUUAGAACAAGGUUUGGUGGACAGCACUUCUGCGGAGGUACUUUAAUAUCCCCGGAGUGGGUGCUCACUGCUGCUCACUGCUUGGAGAAAUCUUCCAGAGCUGCAUUCUACAAGGUUGUCCUGGGUGCGCACGAAGAAGAUAUCGGUGGGUCAGAUGUUCAGCAAAUAGAAGUAGCCAAGCUGAUCACGGAGCCCACCCGAGCUGACAUUGCUCUGCUGAAGCUAAGACGGCCUGCCGCCAUCACAGACAAAGUCAUUCCAGCCUGUCUGCCGUCUCCAAAUUACGUGGUUGCCGACCGGACACUGUGUUACAUCACUGGCUGGGGAGACACUAAAGGGACUUUUGGUGCUGGCCGACUCAAGGAGGCUCAGCUGCCUGUGAUUGAGAACAAGGUGUGUAACCGCUUUGAGUACCUCAACGGCAGAGUCAGACCCACGGAGCUUUGUGCCGGGCACUUGGCUGGUGGCAUCGACAGCUGCCAGGGUGACAGCGGAGGACCUCUGGUUUGCUUCGAGAAGGACAAGUACAUCUUACAAGGAGUCACUUCUUGGGGUCUUGGCUGUGCUCGCCCCAAUAAGCCCGGUGUCUAUGUUCGUGUUUCACGGUUUGUUACUUGGAUUGAAUCAGUAAUGAGAAAUGAGUAAUUUGGUGGGAGGCUGAGCAAAGCAUCCACUUCCUAAAACUUACUAAAUAUGGGGAGGGGACUUAGGUUGCUUGGAAAUAAUUGACAGUAAUCAAACUAUACCAAACUUCCUGUCACCUCUCAGUACCCCCUCCCCAGCCCCACCCCCUUUUUAUAUGACUGUGGGUAAAAUUUUCCUGUCUGUGGACUUCCACAUUUUGUGAUAAGAGGCCAACACUGCUGUGACAUUUGUUGAAAAUAAACUCUAUACUUACUUUGA